AUGAUAAGGCUUGCGGGAGCUAGUCAAGACGUGUCGAAAGAACGAAUCAGUAUGGGGGUGUUAGGCUUUAGAAGAAGUGUUGCAGAACGAAGCGUUGCGGGGAGAGUGGGGGGAAGUAAGGGGAAGAGUAAGAAGGGGGUCACCUGGCUUUACAAGUGGUGCAGAACGAAGCGAGGUGGAGAGAGUGGGGGGAGCAAGGGGAAGAGUAAGAACGGGGUCACCUGGCUUUACAAGUGGUGCAGAACGAAGCGAGGAGGAGAGAGUGGGGGGAGCAAGGGGAAGAGUAAGAAGGGGGUCACCUGGCUUUACAAGUGGUGCAGAACGAAGCGAGGUGGAGAGAGUGGGGGGAGCAAGGGGAAGAGUAAGAAGGGGGUCACCUGGCUUUACAAG